AGAGAGCGGAGAAGCAGAGAGUGGAGUCGGGUUCGAGUGAGCGAGGAUCGGUAUCGAGAGGAGGAGGAGGAGGAGGCGCUGGAGGAAGAGGAGCGGGUCUGUCUGUCCGUCACAGAAGACUGUACUUCGCUUUACUACAGUAAAUAAAGGGCUUUUUCACCUUUCUCGCACUCCGACGACACCUGGCUGGAUAGAACUCCGGGACUCCCUUGGGGACACCUGAGCCGCGGCGCACAGGUGACCGCAGGUGACCGCAGGUGACCGCGGGGGCGGAGCCUCCCUCUCCGAGGACCCGAGACGCGUCCGUCCGACGCCCGAUCCUUGCGAUCGCCCCCGCGCGCCCCGGACUCUCCUCCUCGUCCCUUGGCUCCGCACGCGGAGGCGAUGGCGCUCGCGCUUCUCGCGCUCGCGCUCGGACUGCCGCGCGCACUGGGCUCCUACGUGCCGUGCGAGCCGUGCGACCAGAAGGCGCUGUCCAUGUGCCCACCCGUGCCCGUGGGCUGCCAGCUCGUGAAGGAGCCCGGCUGCGGCUGCUGCCUGACGUGCGCGCUCGCCGAGGGCCACGCGUGCGGUGUCUACACGAGCACGUGUGCGCACGGGCUGCGGUGCCUGCCGCGCGGCGGCGAAGAGAAGCCGCUGCACGCGCUGCUGCACGGACGGGGGGUGUGCACCAACGAGAAGGGGCUCAAGGCGUCGCACGCGGACCAGGAGUCCCAGGAGAAUGAGGAAGGGGGUGUGACCGAAGCGGCAGAGGACGUGUACCCCGCCGCCAAGGUGCCGCUCCUCCCCAACGACCACAUCAACAGGAAGAAGGCGCAGGCCAUGCAGAAUGACCGUAAGCGGAAGCAGGAGAAGCUGCGGUUCGUGGGCCCGCUGGACUACUCCCCGCCCGGUGCAGAUAAACACGAGGCCGAAUUUGGGCCCUGCAGGAGGAAGCUGGAUGGCAUCAUCCAGAAGAUGAAGGACACUUCCAGGGUCAUGGCUCUGUCCUUGUACCUCCCCAACUGUGACAAGAAGGGCUUCUUCAAGCGCAAGCAGUGCAAGCCGUCCCGUGGAAGGAAGCGGGGGAUCUGCUGGUGUGUGGACAGAUAUGGGGUCCAAAUCCCCGGCACAGACUACAGCGGGGGCGACGUGCAGUGCAGGGACCUGGAGAACGGCGGCAACGGCAACGAGUGACGCUGCAGCCGAGGCCCCUCCCCCCGACCGCCCGCCCGUCUCCACCCCGACCGGAGCCUGCCCCCCGCUCCCCCCCUCCUGCCACCCCCCCGAGAUUCGAGAUGCAAAAGAGCAAAGCGAGGACGCGGACAGACAGGUGAAGCUGUCCCACGGCCCUGGACACGCACCCCGACUGCGGGACAAGAUAUUAUAUUCAGAACGUGUUUAUAGAGUCGCGUACAAUCUGGGCUUCGAGCAUCGAACCGCUUCGUAAAAGUAGUGCAACGUGGAGAAGGGUGAAAAAGAGGACGUGCACACAGCCCGCCUGUGGUCUCUCACCGUGUUUUACUGUUGUGGCGUUUCACACGAUUUCAGGAGCUGCGUUGUUGUUGCUGUUUCUUCCUCCGUUUGUUUUCCUCGUCGGGAUUUGCUGACACGCUUCACACUCGUUUGGCGCGCGUUUCGCCCUUCAGCUCCUUUCCUUGGGGGGCGGGGGUCUAGGAUAAGGCUGGCUGCUGCCCCCCCGCCUGUCGUGUAUGACCCGCAGCAGGUUUCCCCAACCAAAUCCUCUGCUGGAGCGCUUAGUCACCUUCGAACCCUGAGCCGACUGCAUCUCCACUGGCGCCUCAAUUCAGGGCGGCGCUACUACGGGAUCCCAGCCCUGCAGAGGGGGGCGUGGCGAUGGGGGGCGAGGCGUUCGGGUGGUUCCGUAACCCGCGGUUACCCAAACACACCGACUGUGCCUACAGCACGCAACCGGCAGCAGCCAAAGCGCCCCCUCCCCCCCCCCAACCUGUGCUGCUAAGCAUCAUGGGUAAUACUGUGACACAGGGAAUACUGUGAGGCUUCUAGAACAUGACCCCUCCCACUUCCCACGACUGCUGGGCACCUGACAGAGUGGGCAAAGGUAUAUGAGGUGUAUGAGCGGCUGGGCCCCGGACACCCGGGUGCGAACGUCUCCUCCCAACGGCACCGACGCCGAGCAACCGUUCAACCGCGGAGCUGUGUCGUGGGGUCACUCGGCGUUCCCACCGACUCCUGCGGCCACACCUGCUCUAAACUAUGCAAAAAAAACCCAGACCGAUUUGCGUAGUUCCUGCCAUGCCGAGCUGAGCCACCUAAGGGCAUCGGGGUCUUGGACUAUGGGUCGGAUCGGGUCUCCCAUGUCCUAGUGGAUGCGUCCCUCGCCGUCCACACGUGUUCUCCUGCGCACGUUGUCAUCCUCACCAUCCAUCCGUGGCACCGCAGGUCACACCAGUCAGAGUCCUCCCGAAGUCGAACCUCGUAGGUAAAUCUCAGUGCCUUUCUACAUGUAAAUACGAUCAUUUGAUUGGCCGUUUGCAUAGAAGAUGCGGUUAGAGAUGCGGUCCAGUUGAAACAGGGUGCAGGUGAACUAAGAUUCCUCUCUGACGCUAAGUGGACCGUGCGAGGAUGUGGGGAGGGGGCCUUAAUCCCUCUCUCCUGUUCGGCUGGACAGGCGACAAUCCCGGCCCCCCCGGUCACCUGAUCGGCUUCACUUUGGCGUCUCCUAAACAUAUAUAUAUAUAUUUUUUUUGUCCCACACAGACACAUUGUCUGAAACCGC